AUGGCAAACAACCGAGCCAAUGGGCUGCCGAAUGGGCUGCCGAAUGGGCUGUCAAAUGACCAGCCAAAUGGUCACAGUUACCACGAGCCGGGGGAGGGGCCAUUCCCCAUCCCGACCCUCGACGAGCUCACCGAAGGGCGCACAGCUGGAGAGAUAAUUCGUGGACAAGAGGGUAUUAUCGAAUCCCUCUUUCAGGUUGAGGGUCUUCUCAACCUGAUUCCGCAGGCGGCUCCCGCUUCCACCAGCGGUAGGGAGGUGGCGGAGCUGGAGGAGCUCCGUCGUGACCUCCAGAGCCACCUGCGGAGGUUGCAAUCCCUCUUACAACAGCUAGAGGCCCACAUCGAGUCGGUCUUGGAGGGAUAG